AUGUGCUUUAUGUGUUUACAAUAAAUGUAAACAAAAACUCCAUGUGAUGUAUAUUUGUGCUGUAUUUUAAAAUGGGGUGGUAUCUUCUGCUAUAAUAAAUCUUAGACUGUAGGGAGAAAAAUCGAGUCAAGUAUAAUUUUACAUAAAACAACUUAAGAUUGUGCUACGUCUCAAAGAAUUUCACUAGCAACAUCAGCGUAAACUGGAGUGUUUUGUUGCAAUGCUAUGUUGCUUUAAAUUCCAAGGAAUAUAUGUCAAAAUAAACAAUAUUAUAAUAAGCACUUCGAAAUUUGUAAAUUUUCAUUAAAAGAUUUUUGUUUUAUUUCCUAAUAUUUCAAAAUGAAAACUAUAAAUUAUGCUCCAGAAGCUUGGAAAUACUUAAAUGGCAUAUUUUGUAUUUAUAAACCAUCGAAAGUCCCGACAGUGCAUUCACGUAACGCCAUUGCUUUGAACUUAUGUCGUGAGCUGAAUGAAAUGGAGAAACGACCUCCAAGAGACCGGGUUUUGUUAGAUGGAUCUGUUUCUUCUGGAAAACCUUUCUCAGUAGAGUUGGUUCCAAAUUAUGCAGAUCAUGAAUUAGUUACAGGACCUCGAUACCAAAUUCAAGAUAUCAGACUGAGAUGGAUUUGUCAUUUAGGAAAAAAUAGUUCUGGAGUUUUACUUAUGGGUAUUAAUGAUGGCUGCAAGCAUGUUGCGACUCUGGAAUCAAGCAAUUUUCUAAGGAAAUAUGAAAUUAAAGGCAAAUUUGGAUGUGCAACAGAUACUUUUAUGGCUGAUGGAAAAGUAAAGGAAAGAUCAACCUAUUCUCACAUUAAACAAGGAAUGCUCGAUACAUUUCUUUCUUCCAUACAGUCUUGUAGUCAAGCUUUAUCAUUCAAAUAUGCUGGUGUAGAUAUACAUAGCCAAGCUGCAUAUGAAUUAGCAAGCAAAGGUGUAGUGCGUCCCUUUGGGAAAACGGAUCCUAUUGUUUAUGGGAUCAAAUGUACAGACUUUAAACUGCCUGAGUUCACACUUGAAAUUAAUUGUAUUAAUGAAACAGAGAUAUUUUUGGCAGAAUUAAUUCAUCAAAUAGGAAUAUACAUGAAAAGUUCAGCAGUGUGUCUACAAAUACGAAGAACUCAAUUUGGUUAUUUCGGUUUGGAUCAUGCUUUACUAAGAAAGCAUUGGACAUUAGAACACAUUUUGAAUAAUAUAACUUUAUGUAAGAAAGUUUUAGGUGAAGACUGUUAUGUUCCAUCAUCAGCUCAUUUUCAAGCUUUUAAAGUUUCUAAACUAAAAGAAGCUCUAAAACAAAUGCAAGAUGAAGCCAGGGAGGAAGUUUUGUAAAUUUUUUAUUGAGAAAUAAAUGUAUUUAUUACCAACACAAAAAUUUUUGUAAUUAAAUAUCAGCUACCUACUCAAUAUAGUGGACUUGGAUAUUGGUGUAUUUAUUCUGUCUUUACUGAAGUGGAGUUCUGUAGUUUAUUGUUUACUGCAAAGUCUUCUCAAAUGAUA